AUGCGUGACCCGGGCACGGAGCGUGUCGCGGGAAGGCAGCGCAUUGCCUGCCACGACGGGUUCAAGGUGCUCCAGCUUUAUUACCGGACAGGCUUGCCCGGUCCGGCGUCGGUGAUCUACUCGAUGUGUGUCUUCCUCCCCGAUGACCACGACGGGCUGUGGCGGCUGACCGACAAGAUCGCAUCCAGCCCUGACUUUUUACGUGAGCACCUGCCGACAAGCACCGUCCGCGUCGGUGACUUCCGUCUGCCCAAGUUCAAGCUCACCUUCUCCACAAAAAUGAUCAACGUUCUCCGGGACUUGGGACUGAAUGACGUUUUCAACCUGGAAAAGUCCAACCUGUCCGGCAUGAUGGGGGAGGGGGCCGGCAGAAGGCCGGCGUUGUAUGAAGUAUUACACAAGGCUGUCAUCGAGGUGAACGAGGAAGGGACCAAGGCGGCCGCCAUCACUGCUGGCUUUGGCAGAGAACUAUCGACGUACCAACAGCCACAGCGGGUGGACUUCGUUGCUGAUCAUCCGUUUGCCUUCUUCGUGAUGGAGGAGGUGUCGGGCGCAAUUCUCUUCGCAGGACACGUCCUUGACCCAUCAAGGGAGUGA